AUAAUAGGCGGUCAUUCCCCUUUUCGCUAAUUUGCAAUAAUUGCAUAACGCACCAACGGAAAUUUAAUGUCGGGGAGAUUCGCUAAUAUUUUCUGUACAUCAGAAACUGGCUAUUCAAACAAUCGAUAGCUAUCAGCGGUACUUUGGAGUUAACUUUUGCUUACAAACUACCACAGUUAACUACGAAACAACAGCCGUUUACGCCGGAGUAUAUUCCCUGGAGACAAACCACCUUCAAUAUCAACAAUGAUUUAAUUAGAAACAAAGAUCCGGAUAUAUGCAAGCAUUUUUACAUAGAUUAUGUCUAUGGUUACCGGAAUAUAGAUAGGAUACCAGUUUUAAGACUUCCGCCUCAUAACUUUUUAUAAGGGACCCAUCAAGAAGUGAAAAUGACGACACCGGCGUACUAUGUGACGACAUCGGGAAAUUCAACAGCCCUCCCCGUUGGAGUGACGUGGGAUGACGCUACGUGGAUAUUAACAAAUUCCUUCAUCAUAUUUACAAUGCAAACAGGGUUUGGGAUGCUCGAAGCCGGAGCUGUGUCGCUGAAAAACGAAGUCAACAUCAUGGUAAAGAACGCCGUCGAUGUCAUAUACGGUGGUCUUUCGUACUGGACCUUUGGAUACGCCUUUAGCUUUGGCGAGGACUCAGGUUCCAAUCCAUUCAUCGGCAUUGGAUAUUUUUUCGUGGAUUCAUCAGAUCCCAAUGAAUUGGGCAUCCUAUUUGCAACAUUUGUUUUCCAAUUGUCUUUUGCGACAACCGCUACGACAAUCGCAAGUGGGAUGAUGGCUGAGCGGACUAAACUGUUUUCCUAUAGUCUAUUUUCCUUCUUUAACACCCUUGUUUACUGCGUUCCUGCUCAUUGGGUAUGGGGAAGUAAUGGCUUUCUCUCAGAAUUGGGGGUAAUAGAUAUCGCAGGAUCUGGGGCCGUCCACCUUCUUGGAGCAGUUUCAGGACUAGUAGCAACUAUUCUAUUAAAACCAAGAAUUGGUCGCUAUGACAACAUUGAUGAUGAGCCACCUAUCGGCAACGGUACAAAUUCUAUACUUGGAAUGUUCAUAUUAUGGUGGGGCUGGCUGUCUUUCAACUGCGGAAGUACGUUUGGUAUUUCUGGCGGGAAAUGGAAAUUGGCGGCAAAGGCUGCAGCGACAACCUUGAUAGCUGCAAUGGGAGGUGGAUUUGCUGGCUGUACAUACAGUCAAAUACGAACAAAGGGAAAGCUGCAGAUUGGUGACCUUGUGAACUCUGUUCUGGGCGCACUGGUUGGAAUAACGGCGGGUUGUGCCAUCGUAAAGCCCUGGGAGGCGCUGAUCAUAGGUAUUAUCGCAGGGAUGUUGACGCUGGGCACUAUUAUACUACUGGAUAAGAUGAAGAUCGAUGACCCAGUUGGUGGAUUUGGCGUGCACGGGGUUGGAGGAGUUUGGGGAAUGCUCGCUGUCGGACUAUUUGCAGAGAACGAUACACUGGAAAACAUGACAAAAGGGCAGAGUGGUUUGUUCCGUGGGGGUGGAUUCAGACUGCUGGGGGUACAGCUCCUUGCGUGUGUCUGUAUAGCAGCCUGGUCAGCCCUUAGUACACUUGCAAUAUUGCUGCCACUGAAAUAUACUCUUGGGAUCCGACUGUCGAAGGACCACGAGAGGUUGGGAUCUGAUUACGUGGAGCAUGGCAUAGACCACCAUCAACCUACUGGGAUGAUGUUCAUUGGGAACAGAGUGGCAAGCGAACCUGCUGUGUAUGCGAGACGUGGAAGUCGUGUGUCCAACGCUGAUUCUAAAAAGGGAAGUGAUUGGAAUAUACGUCGCUCAAACAAAAUAGCCGAGGCCAACAAGAACAUAAAAAAUGACGACGAGGACUAUAUCUCUACCAUAGGUGAUGAGAACAUGACAAAGGUCCCAAUUGAUCAUCCAUCCGCGGUUGUAAGUAGUCCACGACAAAGAAGCGCCGCUAAAGAGCUGGCCAAACGACUUAGCAUUAAGGAACCAGAACCAUCCAUUUCAUCAAUAUUCGGUUCCGAUGCAGAAUUGAUACCAGGAGGAGUCGAUAACAAAACGUAGUUACCAUAAUUACGGGAAACGCCAAUUUUACGAACUAUAAUGCAAGCACAAUUAGAAACAACAAUUUGCAGAGCUGAUUACACAACAAAGAAAUGUUAUCCUGUUAUAUUUGUUGAAAACUGUAUGUUAUUAUGUCGCCACUACACGUUGUGACAUAUUGUUAUAGUCUCUCUUUGUGGCGUUGAUUGGUGUUCGACGGCUGGUUUUCGGCGUUGGGUGUCUGUAACAAAUGACAUGUGGUGACAUUUUGCAUAGUAAUGUCUUGUUAUUUUGUAUAUAAGUAUACGUGUUUCAUGUUGUUCUCAGUUGGUAUUUAAAGACAGGAUCGGAUUUUAGGGUAAGAAAUAUGAAACAACAUGUACAUACCAGUGUGUUUGUUACGAUCUCAGAUGUUCACUCCCCUCCAAAUGUUGUUAAAAAUUCAAACAUAAAGUGGCUUUAACUUGUAGUUCAGCGAGGGAGCUGAUGUUGCCAAACUUUUGGAGGGGAGUUUA